GACGGGGCUUAAGGAGACGGUCCGUUGCUAGCUACAUUGGAAAAAUACGUUGGAAAAUGCAAGAGCAGGCUGCGUAGAUGGAUCCUGUGGCAAACUUUGCCUUUCCUGAUGAUACAGAGACCAGUUUGUGUUGCACCUUCCACAAUUUGACUAGCACUCGGCAUGAACAGGAAAUGUAUAAGACUCUGCUGAGCUACUAUGACGCUCGCCAGAGAGAGCUCGUGCUGGAAAAUGCAGAGCUGAGAAAAGUGUUGCAGCAGAUAAAAAAAGACAUGGUGUCCAUUCUAAGUUCAAGAAAACCAGCCGUGAAAAGCAACAAACGUGAACACAGUGGCGUACAGGCCACAUCGGAGGAGGAAGAGGAAGAGGUGUUUGAUUCCAGUAAGGAAAGUGUAGAGCUUUAUUGCGUUCAUGCCCCGGAGAAACUGACCAACAGUAUUCGUCUCCAGUGGAGAAGACUUAAGAGCCACGUCGAAAGACUGGACAGCCAAGCAUCCUUGGUUCAGACGGUGGAAAGCAAAAACACUGAUGCUGUUCCACAAGAGACUCAGGAGGAAGAGAUGGACAGACUAAAGCUGGAGAUCCAGCAGUGCAAAGACUUUAUUCCAACACAGCAGCAGCUCCUACAGCAGCAGCUAAGCUCUCCAUGUGAUGAGGAAACCGCAUCCCUGCUAAGCAAUUGCUACAUGCUUCAAGAGAAGGAGCGCCUCAGGGAGGAGUGGAAGACUCUGGAGGAGCAGAGGAAGAUCUUUGAGAGGGAGAGGAAGAACUUUACAGAGGCAGCCAUCAGACUGAGCCACGAGAGGUGGGCCCUUGAGGAGGAUCGAGCAACAUGGCUCAAAGACCGGUUUUUAAACUUGAGUCCAUUUGCAGACUCAAAGAAAACCCCAUUGUUAAAAUCUAAAGGUGCCUUUUUGAUAUCAGCUGAAACAGAGGCGGCUGCGACGGUGGCUCCAGAAAAGCUCAUCAAAUGUCCUUCAGACACAGCCUCCCCCACACCCAGUGUGUCCCGCUCGCGUCAGCUUCCACCGCUGACCUGUAGCCCACGCUUUGCCUUAUCCCAGAAAACAGCUCAGUGCAACCAAAGACAAACGGGGAGCAUGCGGAGGAAUCGAUCAUCCAGCACCAACAGUGGGAGUACAGUGAGGACCACACACUCUCACAGGAGAAGAACAGCUUCAUCUGAAGCCAAAAACUCCCAUCACUGAAUUAAACGUAUCAUUAAUGUC